GCCACACGUCGCCUCUUGGAAUCGUCUGUCCGCCUUCUCUCGCGCUCCACUUCUUCUCGCUGCCUCCUCCCGCUCCCACUUUUCGUCCAAGCAAACAUCUCCCCUUCUCUUUGCACCAUCCGAACUGCUCGGUCAACCGCGCAUACGACGACUACUAGGGCAUUCAGUUGCACUCGCACCGCCGCAAAUAAAAACGCCUUUGGCCUGCUGACUCCUCCAAAAGUCGCAGAGCGCACCAUCCCCGCUUCCACGCACCCGCACAAAACACAUACUCGCACAUCCCAUCCCGUCCCCAUCGACCCGACGCUGCUCGAAAACGACUCCCCCCAGAAAGUCGCGUCCCUUCUCUUGCUUCACAGGAAGAAACCCAACACUUAGAAUCCCUCGGCGCCCAUUGCUGUUUAUGUAUCAGCACGAUCGACUCAACGUGUACUCACGCCCCCUCAAGCUGCAGUUAUUUCGCAUACCGCGAAAACCGUGUAGCCCCUACUUCAGUUCCGACGGCUGAAUACCUUCUCAACAAAAGAGUUCAUGCCUGCUCUACUGCAUCCCAAGACCUCUUCCGGCUCGCCCCAUGUCCACGAUACUUCUCCUUGAGAUCUGAUACUCUCCGUCCUCGCUCGACACGCCCCGCCAGCACGUUUUGUCUCGCGGCCCGCUUCAUGACGCAUUUGCCUCGUCGCUCGUACUAGCCUCGACCUGCUCCCGUUAAACUCUUCAACGCCCGCCAUUCCAAGGCCCAAAACCUCGUUAAACCGCCAACAUGUCUCUCAUCAAUGUCCGUCGCGAUGUCAGCGACAACUUCUAUCGCUACAAGAUGGAGCGUCUGCAGACCAAGAUUGAGGGCAAGGGUAACGGUAUCAAAACCGUCGUCGUCAAUUUGCCCAGCGUUGCCGCCUCCCUGGCACGCCCGCCCUCCUACAUCAACAAGUACUUCGGCUUUGAGCUGGGCGCCAUGACCAACGACCAGCCCAAGGAUGACCGUUGGAUCAUCAACGGCGCUCACGAGGCUGGCAAGCUCCAGGAUCAUCUCGAUGGCUUCAUCAACAAGUUUGUGCUUUGCAAGAAGUGCAAGAACCCCGAGACCGACGUCCACAUCAUUGGCAACGACCGCAUUCUCCUUGACUGCAAGGCCUGCGGCCAGCGCACCGAGGUCGAUCUUCGCCUUAAGCUCAGUGGCUACAUUCUCAAGAACCAAGCGACCAAAAAGGGCAAGAACAAGGCCGAGCGUCGCGCCGCCAAGAGGGCUAAGCAGCAGAACGGCAACGGCACCAAGGAGAACGGCAAUGGCAGCGGUGGCGAAGAUGGCUCCGAGCAUGGCUCCAAUGAGGCUGAGGAGAACGGCGACGCCGCUGGUAGCGACGAUGAGUUUAACAAGGUCCAGGCGGCUGCCCCUGAGGCGGAUAUCGAGGUCAAGGACGAUGAGUGGGCCGUUGACAUGAGCGAGGAGGCUGUCAAGGCUCGUCAGGCUCAGCUCCCUGGCGAGUUCAAGCAGAAGCUAAGCCUUGGCGAUGACGACGAUGAGGACGGCGAGGGUGGCGGCAACACCGUCUACGACGAGCUUGGCAACUGGAUUCAGCAGGAGACCGAGGAGAAGGGCGGCAUUGACAAGGUCGACUCAAUCAACAUUUACCUCAAGGCCAAGGAGCUGGAGAUCGAGGGCAAGCAUCGCACGGUCCUCGUCCUCGCGCAGACCCUAUUUGACAAGAACAUCUGUGCCCAGGUGCCGAAGCGUGCCAGCAUGCUGAAGCAGAUUAUUUCUUCCGAGCGCCACGAGAAGGCCCUGCUUGGAGGCACUGAGCGCCUCAUUGGCGCCCUCGCCGCGGAUAAUGCCGACAUGUACCAGCAGAUUGUCAAGAUCCUGCAGCUCUACUACCACUACGAUCUCGUGAGCGAGGAGGUGGUGACGAAGUGGGGCUCCAAGGCCAGCAAGAAGUAUGUGGACCUCUCCACCUCGAGGAAGAUUCGCAAGGCUGCAGAGCCAUUCCUCAAGUGGCUUGAGGAGGCCGACGAGGAGGAGUCCUCUGAGGAGGAGGACUAAAUUCUCCGUUCGGCGCGGUUUUCCUCUCGAGGGACCCAAAUUGUCAGGAACCCGGCUUGUUGAAGGGCUGUCUACUUUCAAAAGGUGUGUUGAGAACGUCUGCAAAGAAAAGUUGGAGGAACACGAGAUUGAAACAUUGAUUGGGUGGCUUGGUAGUGUAGAUUGAUAGCUUUUGCUCCCUGGCUGCUCUCUCGAAAACUAGUACCUCCAAACCUGCAAUCGUCCCCAACGCAUAUAUGUACAUGACGUACAAGACUUGUUCAUUUGUCAUGUAAACGUGAGAGAGCGUGUUGAAGGAAUAGUAUGGCGCUAUUAAGACACGUGCACAUGGAGAACCGAGUACCCAUACAAACCAACAUAUCACCCGGUGCAGGUUCCGUACUUUGGCUGACACCCAGUGCCACAAUAGGCGGCGGUGUUUCCGCUAUAGCAUCGCGCCGUCAAAUUAGCCAACUUCUGGUAGUGCGGUA